CAAAUAAAUUACUAGGAAGGAAGGAAGGAGCCAUGUAGUCCCUGCCUUGACAUCCACUGCCCGUGGAGGCUAUAGUCAUUUGAUCGUGUCUUCCCUCUGAAUCCCGUCUCUGUGCUUCCUGCACUUUGGGCUGUGACUCCCUUUGAUGUGGCCAGAGACCCCUCAGAGCAAUGACCACACUUCUCUCACUUAACUGCCAUGAAACCCAGCAAGAGUUCCUCCAGAGUCUAAGAGGAUGGGUGCUCUCUUUUACGAGAUACUAGAGGGAUGCUGUCCUUGCAAACUUGAAGCAUUCUGGGACAAGAGUCAAGAAGAUGGCAUGGGAGCCGUGAACUCCCAGAAGCCACAGGGCAGAGUAGAGCAGCUCCAUAGCAUAGCAAGAGCCCACGGACCAGGGUAGAAGUGCUGACAAGCCAGACCCAUGAUCCAGUGUGGCUUUUGAUGGGAAAAGCCCAGAGCAGCCAAUAGAUGCUCACUGGGAAUUGUGAGGGUCGGUGUGAGCGGAACAGCUGAAAGUAAGGAUCCUUUCACUGAUGCCAAGAGCAGUGUGUGCACACGACCCCCGGGGCGAGCCCAAAGGGUCUAGAGCACUCUCAUCUCCCGACUCAGGAAUGUACCACCCAGGUCCUCCUUCCAGAACCACCCCACACUGAGAGGCUACAGCAGUGAAAGCAAGCUGAAUCGCAGACGGACAACAGAGACUGAGGCAAAAGGGUCCCCGAAAGGAAACAGAAAGAGGAAAUUUCCAAGAGCAGGCUUCCAUAUAUUAGAGCACUGCAGCAACACCAUAGAAGAGAGAGCUAUGUCAAGUUGGAGCACACCUUGUUCUAAAAGUUCAGGAAAACCAGUUUCACAUGAAAGCAAGCAACAGAGAAAUAGUGAGGUCAAAUCCCACACAAGGUUUUUAUGAGAUAAAAGAAAGUAAGAAGAAUAGCACUCCUAAAGGAAGUAUGCCAAAGAGACGCGGCUUUGAAGCCACUCAGCACUGUAACGUGCCAUCCAAAAGAGCUAAAAUCCGAUAAGAAAAUGGCAUAAAAUAUGGGGGGGAGGCGACGACAAUAUGAAUCAGAAUUAGGAAAACUUAGGAAGGAGAUGUCAGAACUCAGGAAACCAAAUGAAAAAAAUUAAAAAUGAAAGAAUAAUCCCUUCAGAAGUAAAGAACCAGGUAGUAGGAAGACAAGAUGUAUACGCACAAGAGGUGGUGUUUCAGAGAGACAGAAGGUGGAAAACUGGAAAGCUUUUCAAGAGCCAAGAGAAGUAAGAAAGCGAUUUUUGAGAACUCAGGAGAAAGUGACAAAUACUGGAGAGAGGCAAGGAAAUCUCAACAUGUGGCUAUGAGGAGCCUGUGAGGAAGGAAACCAAGUGGGCCCCUGUCUGCAUCGCUCCUGUCUCCGCUGUGUUCACGCAGCCUUGUCUUCUGGGCCCGCCCCCCACCCCAUGUUCUCUCAGAAUGACACUUGUCAUUAGACUUAGGUCCCACCUGAAUCAUCCAGGAUGAUCUCAUCUCCAGCUCCAAAACUCAGUUACAUCUGCAAAGAUCUUUUUAAAAAUAAGGUCACGUUAGCAGGUCCCAAGGAUUAUGACACGGACCUACCUUACAGUUGCUGUGCUGGUAGGCGACAGACACAGGAUUUGAUUUCUAUUUUCUAAUAAAGGAGCUAAAGGCCGAUUUUCUUGUUUCCAGCAAAUUAAUGGUUCUUGCCAAGAAACAGAAGUAGACAGCAUGUUUUCUAAAGAGCAGGACCAGAGGAGGUCAGCCUGCCCCGCACGCGGAGGCCUUGCCUGGACCACGCUCUGCCAGCCUUAGGGAAGCAUCCGCGUGCUGUGAGCAAACAUUACUCGGGCCAUCAGGGAUGCACCGCUCCUUCUGUUCAGCUGCUUUUCAGAUGCUCAAGUCCAAGUUAAAAAACAGACAGGGCCCUGUCACCAGAACCCAGGACGCUCUCAUCUGUCUGUAUUGCUUGCAGCCAGUUUACUGGAGCAGGGAUGACGUAGCCCAGUGGCUCAAGUGGGCUGAAAAUGAGUUUUCUUUAAGACCAAUUGACAGCAACACGUUUGAAAUGAAUGGCAAAGCUCUCCUGCUGCUGACCAAAGAGGACUUUCGCUAUCGAUCUCCUCAUUCAGGUGAUGUGCUCUAUGAACUCCUUCAGCAUAUUCUGAAGCAGAGAAAACCUCGCAUUCUUUUCUCACCAUUCUUCCAUCCUGGAAACUCUAUACACACACAGCCAGAAGUCAUCCUGCAUCAAAACCAUGAAGAAGAUAAUUGUGUCCAGAGGACCCCACGGCCCCCAGUGGAGAAUGUGCACCACAACCCCCCCACCAUUGAACUGUUGCACCGGUCUAGAUCACCUGUCACAGCCAAUCACCGGCCCUCUCCCGACCCCGAGCAGCGGCCCCUCCGGUCCCCCCUGGACAACAUGAUCCGCCGCCUCUCCCCGGCCGACAGGGCCCAGGGGCCGAGGCUCCACCAGGAGAACAACCACCAGGAGUCCUACCCCCUGUCAGUGUCUCCCAUGGAGAAUAACCACUGCCCGCCGUCCUCUGAGCCCCACCAGAAGCCGUCGAGCCCCCGGCAGGAGAGCACCCGCGUGAUCCAGCUGAUGCCCAGUCCCAUCAUGCACCCCUUGAUCCUGAACCCCCGGCACUCCGUGGAUUUCAAACAGUCCAGGCUCUCCGAGGACGGGCUGCAUAGGGAAGGGAAGCCCAUCAACCUCUCGCAUCGGGAAGACCUGGCCUACAUGAACCACAUCAUGGUGUCCGUCUCCCCGCCCGAGGAGCACGCCAUGCCCAUUGGGAGAAUAGCAGACUGUAGACUGCUUUGGGAUUACGUCUAUCAGUUGCUUUCUGACAGCCGGUACGAAAACUUCAUCCGAUGGGAGGACAAAGAAUCCAAAAUAUUCCGGAUAGUGGAUCCCAAUGGACUGGCUCGACUAUGGGGAAACCAUAAGAACAGAACAAACAUGACCUAUGAGAAAAUGUCCCGAGCCCUGCGCCACUACUACAAACUAAACAUUAUCAGGAAGGAGCCAGGACAAAGGCUUUUGUUCAGGUUUAUGAAAACCCCUGAUGAAAUCAUGAGUGGCCGAACGGACCGUCUGGAGCACCUUGAGUCCCAGGAGCUGGAUGAACAAAUAUACCAAGAAGAUGAGUGCUGAGGGAACCAAGCCACGGCCUCAGCGGGGGGCCGGCAGCCGGGGGUCCCCUGCCCACGAGGGCCCUGGAGGCGUGGCAAGCAGGCGGGCUGAGAGCUGAACCGGAAGAGACCCGGGAGUGGGAGUGACACUUGUCUCGCAUAGCGGGAGGGUCCCCAGAGCACCUUAGACAAACCACCCAGCGAAGGCAGGGCUGGCAUUCUGGCCGAGGGCACGAGCCUGGGACUCCUGGUUCUGUUUUCUCCUCAUGUGGAACCUCUCCAUCUGUAAUUCCUCACCCUCACCCGUCCACCUAUUGUUAAUUUCAUGGUGUUCCGUUUUUUUUGUUUUGUUUUGUUGUGGUUUUUUUUUUUUUUUUUUAAAGACCAUGCAGUUUGACUUUUCAUCAUUCAUACAGGGGAAGACAUCCGAGGUUGUUUUCCUAUGGAAAUAUAUAUCUAUUAUAUAUAUCUAUUUUUUGCAAAUCUCACAAAGAGCGGCAAGCCCAGCUGGUCAGGAAAGAGAACACUUGCAAAGGGUUUCAGGUUCCUCUUCAGCCUGCCACGUAGAUCAGAUUUGUGCCUGUUAAUAUUGGGUCUUGGCUGGAAAAAAAAAAAAAAGAGAGAAAGAAAGAAAAAAAAAGAGGCUUUUAAAAAA